AACGAAUAUGUCAAUCAAGCCAACGUUGAACGACGAAACGAAAUUCAUGGAUCUAACGGCCAUUGGCUGCAGUUUGUUGCUGGAACAGCAGCAGAACUGCACAAGUGGCGUUGCUAAAUCGGAUACCAGUAUUACAGUGACCAUGUCUGGACACGACGCCACGUCCGGUCAGGUCGGAACCUAUCAGUCCAGCAACUACCUCAGUCCACUGCAAGCUCCUCCUCCUCCCUACCCUGGCGGGCUGACGCCUUACCAUUCGCCUUACGUCAGCCCUUAUGCGACUCCGUUCCAGACGCCGUCGCCCAGCCCUUUGUCAUCGGUCCAAUCCAGUCCAGCCACCUCAGUAUGCCGGACUAAAGGGCCUGGGCCGCCUGGCAUCGAUGAGGAGCUGGCCAUGAUCCUGGAAAGUGAGCCGUUCAUUUGGGAACAGCAGCCGGCCAAUACCCAAACGAUGGUCCAGCAGGGUCCGCCGCCUCCACCGUAUCCCCUUCAAUCGGAUCGCGUUACGGGCCGUCCGCCUCAUCCGCGUUCGCUGAGCGUCCAGCCGUCGCGGACGCUGAUGAAACAGCAACUCCAACGACAGCAACUGGAACAGCAGGAGCGUCGCGAACGCGAAAUGACGAAACUUCAAUCCGCUGGAAGGGCGUCCAGCUGCCCGUCUGAUAAAAUGGGAAUUCCAAUCAGGGUCCCAUCGGAGCAGCCGGUCGUCGACCCGGUUUCUGUUCCUCCACAAGUUCUGACGGUGCGGACUCGACUGGAGAAUCCCACGCUCUACCACGUCAUCGAAUCUCGGAAGCGCCAAGUGCGCGAGUUCCUCCAGCACGGCCAACAACAAGCUUCCAGUUCGCUUCCGCUCGAUCACCGUCCUUCGGCCAACGUCAGUUCUGCUCCGCCCGGAGGUUUCGUCGUGCCUUUGACGCAACAUCCAUCAGCCCCAACCGACGCCGAGGCGGACGAUUUCUUGGAAGACAUUUUGAAUUUGGAAGCCGGUCUGGAAGAGGCUGAUCGUAAUCGAGUCAUGGACACCUCAUCUCAGCACCAAACCCUUCCACCUGAGGUGAGCGAUUCGGGCAGUCUGAUGGAACAUUUUCUGACUUUGAGCUCGACGUUGCAUCACCACGGAGAUCACGUUCCAUUGCCGACAGCUCUCGAAUUGCCGGGCAAACUGCAGGCCAACACGGCCAGUAGCACUCCGCCCACCAAGGGUACAACCGCGUCCAUCAUUGAUAACGUGGAUUACGUGCCCAUCAUCACCGGAGCCUUCACAGCUGCAGGAUUGAAAGGAUCGGGAUUAACAUCGGGACCGCCUUCGUCGCUUACCUCUCCGAUGACGUCUCCGACUUCGUCGCCGUGCCACCAUCCUUUACGUAAUCAUCACACGAACGGGCAUCAUCACCAUCAUCAUCAUCGCGGCUCGAUCGACUCCGUUUUUGUCGACCUGGACUUGAGCGGCUCCGGCACGGAAUUCGGUGCCGCCAGCGGAUUGGCUGCUGCCCUCGGCAAUGGACUGUCUAAUGACGGCAUUGGCGGUGUGGUCGAUUUACGUGCGUUAGCCAAGGAUCGCCAGAAGAAAGAUAAUCACAACAUGAUCGAGAGGCGGCGCCGAUUCAACAUCAACGAUCGAAUCAAGGAGCUGGGCACAUUACUACCGAAGAGCAACGACCCUGACAUGUGCAGGUACUAUGACUGCUUCCGUGACGUCCGUCAAAACAAAGGAGGCAUCCUCAAAGCCUCGGUGGAUUACAUCCGCCGGCUGAGGCACGAUCGCGACCGUCUGGUACAAAACGAGGCCCGCCAAAGGCAACUGGAAUUGCAGAACAGGAGGUUACUACUCCGGAUUCAGCAGCUGGAACUCCAAGCCAAAACGCACGGUUUGCAAGUGCCCUCUUCCGAUUCGGAUGCAGCCUGGGCAGAUCCGCAUUUGACAUCGGCACCGUUGACGCCAUCCACUCCGCCUUACAUCAAGACGGAGCCCCGGGACGACAACUCUUUCCGAAAGGUGCCGGAUUUGAUCCCAGAGAUCGGCAGUGGUGGUGUCCUGGCUGCCGCUUGCGAAUUCUCCGCACUGGACGACUUUAUGGAAGACGAUUUCAAUCAAGCCACAAGGGGAGAUCCGCUGCUUAGUAGCUCACAUCAUGCUUCCGGCAAUCAGCAGCACACUCACCUGGUCGGCCAUUUUGAAACGCAUCCGGAUGAUCAUCACCAUCAUCACCAAGGAGCCAACGAUAUGUCGCGAGUACGCAAUUACCAGCCGUCCGAAGAGGACGAAUCGCUCAGUCCGGAAUCGCUGGAUCGAAUGGAAUUAUCAGCGUGAUCGACGGCUAUGCAUAAUAUACGCUGUGCCGGGUGUUGUUUUAGAUGGGCUUUACUAUUACUACUACUACUACCACCACUGCUACAAACUAUUCGCGACGAGUUACGUGGAAGUAACAGCUGUGAAAAAAAUAAGAAAAGAAAUAAUAAUAAAAAAACAAACAACCCAUCUCGACCAAUAUGAAGAACAGUGUAACCGGUAUGCCACCCAAUCUUCCACACUCCACAAUAAUCGCGUACGCACGAUGGAUUUAAUUCCACCAGUUUUCAAAGCCAACUAUAUUGCAGAAGCUAAUGUGUUUGUAUUCAUUUUUGUUUUUAAGUGUGUCUCGGGGGUUCAUUUUUCUAAUGUUUAGUGUGUUGUUAUUUUAUUUUUAUUUUUUAACAAAAAGAAAACAAUCGUUCGCUGUCAUCAUCGCAUAAAUUUUUUUAAAUCUUAUUCGUGGCUUCUUGAUUGUUUGAUUUCUUUGGUUUCCUUUACUUUCCUACCUAGACGAUAGCAAAUGUCUUUAUCGAUGUUAUUUCUAAUUCUUUUUCUCCCAAUCCCAUCCUUUCAUGCCUUGUACAGCAUUUUUUUUCCUUUUCUGUUUAUUUGUGUAGAUGGUGGAAGACGCGAGGCUACGAGUUGUAGAGAUUAUGAUCUUUCAACAAAAUCAAAGUCUGUUAAGUUUCGUAAGUCUCCAAGUCGCUGUAUUAUGAGAAGUAUAAGUGACGUUUGAUCUAAACGCGGAUUCAAAUCAUAUCCUCCACCUCCUCCCCGCAUUUCGUGUGUACGUUGUGUGAGCAUUUGGUAUAUCAUGUAGCUGUAGGGUGUCUUCCACUAUUUACUGAAUGACGUGUAUGUGAUUUUUCAUCGUAAUUCCUAUACAAUGUCUCUCAUAUUUUCCUAUAUCCUCUGAUGGAUUUCAUUUUAACUGUGUUUGCAAUCGACACAGCAAAACCCUUCUCUCCGUUUCCCCUGCUCCUUUCUUACAUAAUUAUUAUGUUGAUGUUAUAUAUAUAAAUACCUUUGGUGCCUAUGUUUUUUAAUGUUGUUGCUAUAUUGUGUCAUAUGGGGAAACUGCUGAUUAGGUGUCAAAACGAAUUUAAAGCUGAAUGUGUUGGGCAAAUUGCUAUUCAGCCUCUUUAAUGUGCGUUGUUUCUUUCAGUCGUUUGUAUUAAAACAAAAACACACUAGUUUGCAAUUGUAUUGUUUUAGUUUUUCUUACAUAAUAUUAUAGACGUCGGUCUCGUUUCUCAACAAGGUCUUUUUACCUAUUGAAUAAUAAAUAGUGACUGAAUCGCGAA